AUGACUCCCUCAACGCCCUCCGGCACCAGUGAACCGGACAGGCCGUCCCCACAAGGCGGCAUGGAAAGCUCCACCACACUCUCAGCAACCACCACACCGCCACGCCAAACCCUCCCGGAGCGUCCAUUCUCCCUCAAGCGCCCACACGACACUCCUCGAGGCAGCCCAACCAAUAUCGCACGUACAGCCGACAGACUCGAUUGCAGCUCCUCGCCCGAGCCCCAUCACAGCCCCGGCUAUGCCUCCUCGCCCAUCCGCCAACCCAGCCCCAGCCCGCAACGGGACUCCAAUCCCAGACCUGUGGCCCUACCGCCAAUCCCCCAUCCAACCGACCCGGACCGCGCGCCCUCCGCCGCCUACCACCCACAGCGCCUCAUAGCCAGCACGAACGCCCUCAGCGGCCCCGACUUCGAAGCCCUGUACUUCCGGCGCUCGAACAAGCUGCGCAACUUCCCGCGCCCGCCGCCCGAGAAGGACUGGAGCGACUUUUUCCAGCGCGAGCGCGACGGCCGCGCCCUAAGCCCGAGCCCGCCGCCCUGGCGCCCCACCCACGCCGUCGAGCUCGCCACCACGGCCACCAUCUCCGCCGCCGACGUCGCGGCCUGCUUCGCACUGGUCGAGACCACGUCGGCUGCGGCGUACAGGGCAUCGAGCUUGGGCUGGGACGCCAAGGCCAAGGUGCGCGAGAUGACGCACCGCGAUGUGAAGUACCUGCUCGUGCGGCGUCGGCCUGCAAGCGCGGCGCCCGCGCCAGCUCGACCGCGCGCGGCCGACUCGCCGCCGACGCAGAAGCGGGACGGGCGCUGGUGGGGCGUGUCGCCUCCGUGCAAACGGCCGCGGAUAGCGCGACCGGCGCGCCUCGCGGAGCCGGACAGGAGCGGCGAGGUGGUGGCGUUCUUGUCCUUCAUGCUGGAUGUAGAGGGCGCCGAGGCCGUGCUCUACGUCUACGAGAUUCACCUCGCCGAGCAAGUGCGGCGGCUGGGGCUCGGGUCGCAUCUGAUGGACGCGGCGGAGCAGGUUGCACGGGAUGUUGGCGUGUCGAGCGCCAUGUUGACGUGUUUUACGAGUAACGUGGCGGCUGAGGCGUUCUAUCGGAAGCGGGGAUACAAGGUGCACAAGAGUAGUCCGAAGGGGAGAGUGUUGAGGGGGGGCGUUGUUAAGAGGCCGGAUCAUAUUAUUAUGGCGAAGCGGUUGGGGGAGCCGCUGUGGUGGAAGGGCGAGGAGGUUGUGGAGGAGAAUGUAGAUGGGAGUGAGGAUGGAGAAGACGAGAAGGAAGAGACGAUGCGAACGAAGAAGAGGAAGUAA